GAUCAAAAUCCCGAUUUUGACUGCAUUGCCAGCACGUGGCGGAUCCUGUGGCGGUGGAUAUCGAGCAAUCCUGGAGGCGUAGGCUGAUUUUGCAGGAGUAAUUCGAGGAGGAGGAGACUGCGGGUGAGAUAGCCAUACAUCCCAUGCAACCACGUGCCCCUACUGGCCCCACAAAGGACCAUGUUCAUAAACCGCUAACGGAUCCUUGGUUGCCCUACAAGAUCGCGACCCAGUCAGGGGUCUCGGCACCUCGGAUUCGCCCACAUCUGAGAAAAAUAGGAGCUAGCUUCCCUCUGACUAUAUCCAACCAGGAUAAGAGCUCUACUCCAUCUGGUGCUCUGCAGGAGCUGGAGGACAAAGAGAUUGUUGCUACUCUGGAUGAUCCUAUUCCUGUGGAUCACCAGCAGGCCUCUGACUUUGAUGGAGAUCAAUCGCUGGAGGAUCAUCAUUCCUUUGAAAUCAAGGGACGAUCAACAACUGGCGCCUCCAUGAAGACUCACCUAGUCAUGAAGGGGCAUGUUCACCAAGUGGUGGAGGGGUUCGAAGCUGGGCUAGUCAUUGCGCGGGAGGAGGGUGUUCCACGCAAGGGGUCGAGCUUGAACCUGAAUGAAUAUGGGUCUAAUAUAGUGGACCCAAUCAUGGAGAAUCAGAAAUGAGUGCUUGAUGAGGUGGACGGGGAUGUGGGGGACCCUCCUACCCCGAAGAAGCAAUUUGUGGAAUCAGCUGAUGUUUUGGAGAAGGUGGAGGAAGCCAACCUCGAGUGGCCCUCAGCUGAUAAAUGAGGCUAUUGGCC